CGUUGUUUUAUUGACGUUUUGGUUGACGUAGUGAAUCAACAUGGCAACUUACAUCGCUAAACAAGUCGUGCCAUUGUAGUCGUACACGCCGUGCGCUGUUCAGCCGGUUCAGCUAAGCCCCACAGACCAAAGAGUUUCCUAAAAUUCCGCAGACAAAGAUGACGGAGUCGCCGACGGAGCUGUUCGCCUCGGACCCGGACUUCUGCCAGCGCUGCGGCUCCGUGCUGCCUUUGCCCAGCCACGAGGACUACGUGGAGUGCAAGCUGUGCGGCGCCAGGAUCGACGUGCGCAACUUCCACGGCCUGGAGACCUUCUCGCGCGUGGUGUUCAACGACCGCAAGGCGGCCCUCAAGAAGGCGGCGCCGACGUCGACGGCCAAGCCCGCCGGACCGCUGGUGGACCGCAAGUGUUCCAGGUGCGGCCACGAAGGGAUGACGUACGCCACGCUGCAGACGAGGUCGGCCGACGAAGGCCAGACGAUAUUCUACUCGUGUCCCGAGUGCCUCUUCCAGGAGACCGAGAACUCGUAGAAGUGUCACGUGUGUGUCAAGACGAACUGUGUGUUUAUCCACGUGCAGUGAAUCUUGCGGGUCGUCUUCGCCAGGAUCGACACCGUCGCACUGGCGGGCGAACCGUGCAAGGAACGGAGAAACGGCGCUAUAGCUGUGUUUAAUUAAAUAUCUAAUGCAGUCAUUCUAUA